AUGGUUCUGCUUGAUACUAAAGCGGAAGCCCUGGAGUACGUGUGGAGCAUCUUGCAGGGCGUGGAGGAGGAGGAGCAGCAGGAGGAGGAGUUCAGGGGAUUUCAGCUGAGGGAGGUGCACAAGGCCAGGAUGGCGAUGUUCAGGCUGGAGCGCAGAGCCACCGCCUGCAAGGAGGCCCUGAGGGUGGCGCUCCAGAGGAUACGUGGAGGCUCCUCCGUGCCGCCGGCCUCCGCCCAGGCUGUGGCGGUGUCGCGCAGCGCUCGCUCUCGCUACGGCCUGCGCCCGCGCGAGAGGAAAGUCUACACAGAGGUGGAGGAGCCCCAGGACGACGACUUCUUCUUGCCACUGCUGCUGCUGCUGUUGCUACUGCGGUUCGCCCUCCUCCUGCUGCUGCUGCUGUGGCUCUCAGUCUGCGAGCUGUGCAGGGAUUUCUACCUGGGGGAGUGCUCCGUGCACGGCCCGCCAGAGUUCAUUGCAGACGCGGCCGUGGCCCCGGGAGUGGCCAACAGGGCCCGGCUCAGCCUGCCCCAGGGCCUCACCGUCGGCGCCUCCUCCAUCGCCGGCGCCGGCCUCGGGGUGUGGAGCAACAGGAAGAAGCUGCCCAAGGGGGUGAUUUUUGGGCCCUACCAGGGAGAGGUGUCUGAGGAGAACCCCGUGAGCGAGUACUGCUGGCUGAUUUACAAAAACAAAAAGGAUCGUGAAUAUGUUGAUGCUCAGGAUGAAUCUAAAUCAAACUGGAUGAGGUUCGUCAACUGCGCGAGGAAUGAGCAGGAGCAGAACCUGGUGGCCUUCCAGCACCGGGGGCAGAUUUACUACCGCACAUUCCGUGCCGUGGGGCCCGGCUCUGAGCUGCUGGUCUGGUACGGCGAGGAGUUCGCCCAGGAGCUGGGCAUCGCCUGCGAGGCCGGGCCCUCGCGACGCCGCAGCAGCAGCAGCAGCGAGAUGGCUCCUAGGGCCACCGCCAGAGACCUGCAGCCCGUGCAGCCUCCACCAAGCGAGGAACACCGUGGAGUGGGUGUGGAGGUCACAAGGCUGCCGUGUCCUGCCUGCAACCGUCAGUUCAUCUGCCGCUCGAGUCUACAGUAUCACGUGCAGAGCAGACACCCCACUAAGCCCAGUAACAAAAGUCAUCAGUGUGACCAAUGUCCAUACAGCACAGACUACAAGAGUACCUUGAAGAAGCACCAGAGAACACACACGGGAGAGAAGCCGUUCAAGUGCACCGUGUGUGAGAAGGCGUUUGCACGGCUAUCACAUCUUCACAGCCACCAGAGAACACACACGGGAGAGAAGCCGUUCAAGUGCACCGUGUGUGAGAAGGCAUUUGCACAUUUACAACAUCUUCACAGCCACCAGAGAACACACACGGGAGAGAAGCCGUUCAAGUGCACCGUGUGUGAGAAGGCAUUUGCACAUUUACAACAUCUUCACAGCCACCAGAGAACACACACGGGAGAGAAGCCGUUCAAGUGCACUGUGUGUGAGAAGGCGUUUGCACAGCUAUCAGAUCUUCACAGGCACCAGAGAACACACACGGGAGAAAAGCCGUUCAAGUGCACCGUGUGUGAGAAGGUGUUUGCAGACCCAUCCAGUCUUUGCCGGCACCAGAGAACACACACCGGCCAGAAUGCAUUUUCUCAUUCCCGUGGAAACAGAAAAGUCAGCCAUCCUGAGCAAAACGCGCACAGCGCCGAGCUGUGAAUUAGUUUUAAACAACAGGCCACGUGACUAGCCGAGGCUGUGCCACUCUUGAAACUGAUUUUGAAUGUGAACACGGAAACCUACGGACCCUCCUACACCUGCCUCACACUCUGUGGGGGGUGGGAGAUUAAACCGACCUGGCCACCCCUCGAUUGCAAGUGCGGAGUUCUAGGUCCCAACCACUGCACGUGUCCCCCCCCACCCCCAUCACCUGGGGGUCCCUGUGUGUGUGAGUGUGCAGAGUCCCCCGUGCAGAGCUGCACUGUUGUUACCCUAGAGGGGGACACCGCAGGGCGAUCCACCUACAGAUACCCCAGUCUGCACGUCUCCCGCCGGUCUCCAUGCGCACCGCGUGCCGUCUCGUAGCCCUGCCCCGUGCGACGUACGUACAGUACGUACAGUACGUACCCAUCCAGCGGUAGACUGAACCGCGGCCGAUGACGAAGGUGGCAUCCGCUCACAAAUCUCCGUGCACUCAGUCCCGUAGCCCUGAGCCAUCGCUUGCGCGAUAUUCACUUUGCCGCUGAGAGGAAAGCUACGGGGAGGAGGUGGGGGGGGGUGUUAAGAGAGGACAUCUGUGGAACGGCUGGAGAUCUGCGAAGAAGAGCUUCAUAGCUCAUCGGAUUCCUGCGGUCUGAAAAAAUAUUCCGAGAGGGCGUUGGGGGAGGGGGGUGUAGGUAUGAUUGGGGCAUCUGCACUUGGAUCACCCUGCGUGUUGUUGCUGCCUCCCCCGUUGAAAAUGUUCCCAGCGUGAACUUAACCCUUUGCCGUCGCGACGACGCCGCGCGCCGUGCGUGAACGUCGUCGUCGGAAUAACAAAACGCAGUAAAAACUAAAGCAACAUUAUCGGUACCGAGGCUCCCACAGGGCCACGCGGGGCAGGGAGUGUGGCACAGUUUUCGCGCCGGCUAGCGCAGAGUGGCGGCGGUCGUGUCGCUACGCUUCUCUGCGGUGAGCAACGACGUCUUCAUAACAACAACAGCAGUGCUGCUGCUGCUGCUGCCACUGCUGCGGUGAACGGUGACAGCCACCCCGUGACCUGUGACCCCCACCCCGUGAACGGUGACACCCACCCCGUGAACGGUGACACCCACCCCGUGAACGGUGACACCCCAUGGGUGGAAAAAACCCGAUUUUUCCAGCUGCAGGCAUCGGGUUUUUUCUUUAACACAAUUAAACCCGAUUUCGGGGAAUUAAAACCUGGUUUAAUGAAUACGAAACUCUGAUAGGCUUAGGCUGCUUCCUCGUCGGUGCUGCUAUGGUACUCGGGGCCGUCGGGCACGGGGUAGUCGUAGAAUGCGGCGGGCAGGUUGGUCUUAAUGAACACGAGCUUCUCCACAAUCGUGGGCGCCAGUGAGUUCCUUAGCUUGGAAUGGAUGAAGCCCAUCGUUGAGAAGUGCGGUUCUGCAAUUAGAACCAAUGAAACCGGAUUUCUCUCAAUCUUAGAUGAUCGGGUUUAAUAUAAAAAGACAAUUAAACCCGAUUGUAAAAAACCCGACUGUGCCACCCUUGUGACACCCACCCUGUGAACGGUGACACCCACCCCGUGAACGGUGACACCCACCGACCCUGCAACUCUGCAGACGUCUCGGACGCGGGAAAGGGUUGAGAGAUUUUCUGCGUCCCGGUUGCUCGCGUGAUGUCGCACGGUGGUGGCGCGCGUUGACUCUUGCACGUUUAAGAAAGUUGAGCGUUAGUUUGUGAUUCUGUUUAAAAUGAUAUAUAUACAUACUUAAACUAACAAACAUUAUCUUGGGAUUCUACCAAGUAAGGUCCAACUGGAUACGUAGUAGCUCUUUUAUCAGACGCGACCACCUGGCCAUCACAAAUGAAAGCUCAACGAAGUGGCUUAUCAUUGUGUGGACAUUUAUAGCGGCCAAAUACUCUGAUUGCGUGAUCUCGAUUCUAAAUGUCGAGGGAAAACCGGAGGACCUGGAGAAAAUCCACACGACCACGGGGAGAGAGAGAGAGAGACGCGCAAACUCAAAAUAUACAGCAGGCGUCAGGGUCGGAAUCAAACACACGAUCUCCUGUAUACCAGGAGAGGUAGUUAACAUCUCCACAUGUGUUCAGAGUAUUUGGCUGCUGUAAAUGUCACGUGAUAAGCCACUUCGGUGCGCUGCUGUCAUUUGUGAUAGCCAGGUCGCUACUACACAGCUCAGUGGGGGCCUUACCUGGAAAAGUAAAAUGAUUAAUAAAAAUCUACUGUAUUCUUGGUUCUUUUGGUAAAGUCACGUAGAAGGGAAAUAAUAAAAUAAUAAAAAUGUAAGAAUCAAAUUAACACGACGUUUCGAUUGCAACACAA